UCAAAGAAAAGGAAUGAAAAUUUUGUCUGGAUAAAUGCCAAGAAUAUGCUCUCUUACACACAUUUUUUUUUUCUUUCUAUCGAUUAAAAUUUAUUGAAAUUCUCAAAAUUUUGUUAAUUUCACAUCCUAUUUAAUAUAUCUUUUUCCUAGUUUUACAAUUUUGAAUAAAUUUUUACGAAUAAAACAUAACAGUUAAGAGGAUAAGUGUAUUACAAAAAAAUGUUACUAGCUGUGAAAAUAUAUUGACUGAAAUAGAAGAAAAUCUUGCAUUAAAAACAAAGAAGUGAUCAAGUUCAGGAUUACAAGGCAACUGUCCAUAUACAUUGUCCACUUUCACUUGUGGCUCUGCACUCUGCAGUGGAAGAAAUUGCCUUUUACUUAAGAUGUCUGGUGGUCUAGUUUGGGCGAGUUGUGGACCCAAAGAGAUCGCCAACUCCUUGGUGGGUUUAACAUGCAACAAGAGAAAUAGUAGUGGAAGAUCCCAAAAGAGGUUUUCUGGAAUCAGCUUUGAAAAAGGGGCUUCUUCUUUUUCCAGUGCAGUGGUGGCUGAGCCUCCAAGAUCCUCAGAGGAGAGGGUCUAUGAAGUGGUGCUGAAGCAAGCAGCUUUAAUAAAAGAGAGAAAAAGGGUUACAAAGAUAUAUCAGGAUUUGGUCAAAGACGUUGAUUACACCAAUAUUGGAGACCUAUUGAAUGCGGCUUAUGAUCGCUGUGGUGAAGUUUGUGCUGAGUAUGCCAAGACAUUUUACUUAGGCACAAAGUUGAUGACUCCAGAGCGCAGGAAAGCCAUUUGGGCCAUUUAUGUGUGGUGCAGAAGAACUGAUGAACUAGUGGAUGGCCCAAAUGCUUCACACAUCACACCUACUGCCUUGGACAGGUGGGAGGAACGAUUAACUGAUGUUUUUGCAGGUCACCCCUAUGAUAUGUAUGAUGCUGCCCUCUCACAUACCGUCUCAAAGUACCCUAUUGAUAUUCAGCCCUUCAAGGACAUGAUAGAAGGGAUGAGGAUGGAUCUGAGAAAGUCAAGAUACAAUAACUUUGAUGAGCUCUAUCUUUACUGCUACUAUGUUGCUGGAACAGUAGGCCUUAUGAGUGUUCCAGUAAUGGGGAUAGCACCAAAAUCGAAGGCACCAAUAGAGAGCAUUUAUAGUGGCGCAUUGGCACUAGGCAUUGCAAAUCAACUUACUAACAUACUUAGAGAUGUUGGAGAAGAUGCUGCAAGAGGAAGAGUGUAUCUCCCACAAGAUGAAUUGGCACAAGCUGGGCUUUCAGAUGAAGACAUUUUCCGUGGGAAAGUUACAGAUAAAUGGAAGAAAUUCAUGAAGGGACAAAUAAAGAGGGCAAGGAAGUUUUUUGAUGAGGCAGAAAAGGGGGUUUCAGAGCUCAACUCUGCUAGCAGGUGGCCUGUGUCGGCAUCAUCAUUGUUAUAUAGGCAAAUAUUGGAUGCUAUUGAAGCCAAUGAUUAUGACAACUUCACAAAAAGGGCAUAUGUUGGAAAGGUAAAGAAGCUCUUGUUACUACCUGCUGCAUAUGGUGGUACACUUCUAGGCCCUCAGAAGUUGACCAAUAUGGUUAGAAUAUAACUGCAAUGAUUUUUACUUUUUAAUUACAAUAUUAUACAUCUCAAAUGAAUAGAGCUUGGGUUGAAGAACAAUCCCAUUCGCGAAUGUUACAUCUCUUUGUGAUAAUUAAUUUCAGUGAUCAUUCUUGAAAGUGAAGUAACAUAUUUCUUUUAGAGAUUAUUUUU